UAUAUAUCAUGUGUAUCGGUUUGGGAUCGAACCCGAACUAACGCUGGGCGUGAGGACGAAAUCUUAAAGCUUUGUGAAAAGAAAGUUAUUUACAGGAAUCGCAAAAGAAUCAUUUACGGGCUAAUCAACGAACUGGAAAUAUAAAGUGAAAAGGACAUUUAUUUCGUAUUAAAAUGUUCGAUUAGCUAAAGUACCGGAUCGAACCCACGAUUAGCGUUAGAUAUUACCGCAGCUUGUCCUUUUUUUACUCCUGUAUUUACAGAUGGAUUUAUUUGCAGAUCUUCCUGCUCCUACUAACAACUCGAACUCGGGUAAAGAUGAAGACAGUGUGCAGGACAGAGGAGAGAAGAGACACAGGGACACGGACUCGGACGACGAACAGAAUAAGACGGAAAAGAAAGUUUGUAAAGGUUUUCAGCAUUUACACACUCGCACACCAAUAGACAGGGUGUGUCUGAGUGUGUGUGGAUGCGUUCAUAUUGUGUGUGUUUGUGUUGCAGGACUGGCAAAGCUCAAGGGUUUUGUUGCAGCGCGACGUGGUGAGCGAGAGGACAUGCAGGACGCUCAUGUCAUUUUACCAAACCUCCAUACAUAUACAAACACACUGUCUACACAUGUGUCCAGGCUGGCAUAUUUUGCUGUGUUUGAUGGUCAUGGUGGUGCGCGAGCAUCUCAGUUUGCUGCUGAACAUCUGCAUCACACACUGCUUAACAAAUUCCCUAAAGGAGAAUUCGAAAAUUUGGAUAAAUUGGUGAGGAAAUGUCUGCUCGACACGUUUCGCCACACGGAUGAGGAAUUCCUGAAAAAAGCCUCUAGUCAGAAGCCGGUAUGGAAGGACGGCUCCACAGCUACGUGUAUGUUGGUCGUGGAUGAUGAUCUGUAUGUGGCCAAUCUGGGAGACAGCAGAGCAGUGCUAUGUCGUAUGGAGCUCACUGAUGAUGGAGAGGAGAGGUGUGUGUGUGUGGCUCUCAGUAAAGAACACAAUCCAACCAUUUACGAAGAGCGCAUGAGGAUACAGAGAGCAGGAGGAACCGUCAGAGACGGACGUGUGUUAGGUGUGUUAGAAGUUUCCCGCUCCAUCGGUGAUGGUCAGUAUAAACGCUGUGGAGUGAUUUCAACACCUGACCUGAGACGCUACACACUCUGCUCUAAAGACAAGUUUGUGAUUCUGGCCUGUGAUGGACUUUUCAAAGUUUUCUCAGCAGAUGAGGCUGUUCAGUUCAUCAACAAAAUUCUACAGGACGAGUCUGAGGAGAUGAAGGAGGAGCAGACUGUGGAAGACGGGCGUUAUGAAGCUGCGUGUCAGAAACUGGCUACCGAGGCUGUGAGGCGAGGCUGUGCGGACAACGUCACUGUCAUCCUGAUCUCCAUUGACUUCUGACACAUUUCUCUUUCUCUCUCAUUCUCUCUUUCUCACACACACACACACACCCCAGCUGAGUGUUUAGGCUUCUCAUUGCAUUUUAUUCAUGUGGACAUUUCUAAAAGUCUUUCACUCAGUCUGGGGAUAUUCCGUCAAAUAAAAAUCUUGCCAAUGUCA